AGACGAAUUUUUUUUCAGCAUAGCACAUGGCGUUAAUGUCAGUCCCAAAAUUUACUUCAUUUUCUGUUCUCUUGCUAAAUUAGUACAUUCAGCAAGGUUUUAAAAUUUAAAGAUCCUGGACUAGGCAAAAAUGGACAAUAUUGACGAUCUCUUCAGUGUUUUUAGUGAGGAAUCUACUGUAACAAAACCGUUAAUUGGAACUAAAAAGAAUGUCACGAAGCCAGAAACAAGUGAAUCCAUUGAGAAGCCCUCAUCUAGUGGUCUCAAGCGUCCAAUCAACAAAAAUGACAAUAAUGAUGAUGCUCCUCAAGCAAAAACUUCCAAAAUGGAGACUGACGAAGAUGAAAAUGUAGAUGAAAAACUACUGAUGUCAGGACCAAGAAUAGCCAUUCACACACUUGAUACCAUAGAACAAUGCACCCAUGAAGUUGCUGUUCCACCUGAUGCUGACUAUGCUCCAUUGCGGCCAUACUCUGGGCCUCCAGCAAAGGAAUAUCCAUUUGUUUUAGAUCCAUUUCAGAAAGAAGCUAUUCUCUGUUUGCAGAAUUCACAAUCAGUGCUGGUGUCAGCCCACACAUCAGCUGGCAAAACUGUUGUUGCUGAAUAUGCCAUUGCUAUGUCGUUGAAAGAGAAACAACGUGUUAUUUACACAACUCCCAUCAAAGCUUUAAGUAAUCAGAAGUACAGAGAAUUUUCUGAAGAAUUCAAAGAUGUAGGUUUAAUGACUGGAGAUGUUACUAUCAACCCAACAGCCUCUUGUUUAAUUAUGACCACUGAGAUUUUAAGGAGUAUGUUGUAUCGUGGCUCAGAAGUCGUGCGUGAGGUGGCAUGGGUGGUUUUUGACGAAAUUCAUUACAUGAGAGACAAAGAGCGUGGUGUCGUCUGGGAAGAGACAAUUAUUCUACUACCGGACAAUGUUCAUUUCGUCUUUCUCUCGGCUACGAUCCCAAAUGCACGGCAGUUUGCCGAAUGGAUUUGUCAUUUGCACAAACAGCCAUGCCAUGUUGUGUACACCGAUUAUCGACCAGUUCCGCUCCAGCACUACAUUUUCCCUGGCGGAGAAGGUAUUCAUCUCGUUGUAGACGAAAAGGGGCAAUUUCGAGAAGAUAACUUUAAUGAAGCAAUGGCAGUUCUGCACACGGUUGGAGAUGCUGCAUCUGGCGAUAAACGUGGUCGACGUGGUGGAAUUAAAGGUGGUGAAGCCGGUUCCAGCUGCUUCAAAAUUAUCAAAAUGAUUAUGGAGAAGAACUUUUCACCUGUCGUUGUUUUCAGCUUUAGCAAGAAAGAAUGCGAAUUUUACGCAUUACAAAUGUCAAAAUUGGAUUUCAAUUCAAAUGAAGAGAAAAAGUUAGUGGGUGAAGUCUUUCAAAAUGCCAUGGAAGUACUGUCGGAAGAAGACAGGAAAUUACCACAAGUGGAACAGGUCCUCCCUCUUUUGAAAAGAGGAAUUGGUAUUCAUCACGGAGGUCUACUACCGAUUUUGAAGGAAACCGUAGAAAUCCUUUUUGCUGAAGGGCUUAUCAAAGCCCUAUUCGCAACCGAGACGUUUGCUAUGGGUCUCAACAUGCCUGCUCGCACUGUUUUCUUCACCAACGCCCGCAAAUUCGAUGGCAAAGAAAAUAGAUGGAUUUCAUCUGGAGAAUACAUUCAAAUGUCUGGUCGUGCUGGUCGACGUGGUCUCGACGAGAAAGGUAUCGUUAUCCUGAUGAUAGACGAAAAAAUGAGCCCUGCAGUCGGUCGCAAUUUGGUGAAAGGCCAAGCAGAUCUUCUCAACUCGGCAUUCCAUCUAACAUACAACAUGGUUCUAAACUUGUUGCGCGUUGAAGAAAUCAAUCCAGAGUACAUGCUGGAGCGUUCGUUUUUCCAGUUUCAGCAAUAUGCUGCCAUCCCGCAUUUGGUAGAGAAUGUAAGACAGAAGGAAAAGGAUUUCAAAAAAUUCUCUGUUCCUCAAGAAGAGGAUGUUUCUUCCUAUUACACAAUCCGACAGCAACUGGCUAACUUGAACGAAGGUCUCCAUAAAUAUUUAGUGAAACCUCAGUACAUCGUUCCUUUCUUGCAAGCCGGGCGUAUGGUUCACAUCAAAAAUAAGGGUGACGACUUUGGCUGGGGAAUCAUUGUCGAUUACAAGAAAGAAAAUUUAGUAGGAAAAGGAGAAGACAGUAAAAAUAAGGAUUUGGACAGUUCUUAUGUCGUCAGUGUCCUUAUGUACAUCUCCAAAGCCAGCACAGAGAGUAAAGUAGUUUCUGCAUUGAAACCUUGUGGGCCCAAAGAAGAGGGAGAAAUGCGAGUCGUGCCUUGUUUCCUUAAUCUUAUCACAAAGAUCAGUUCUGUCCGUCUCUAUUUCAAUGAAGAUCUUCGCCCACUCGACAACCGUAUGGAAGUCUACAAAAGGAUCCAGGAGGUUCACAGACGUUUCCCACAAGGUGUUCCUCUCCUCGACCCUGUUAAGGACAUGCACAUUAAAGACAAAGAUUUUGUAGAGAUGGUACAGCGCUCACGAGCUUUUGAGGAGCGUUUGACAGCCCACCAACUUCAUCGCGAUACCAAAGUCGAGACCCUGUGCCAACUCUACCACGACAAACAAGGGUUGGCUGCCCAACUGAAACACGCCAAAGACGAGUUAAAGAAAGCCAAAUCCCUUUUGCAAAUGACGGAGCUGAAAUGCCGCAAAAGAGUAUUACGCCGUCUCGGCUACUGCACUGCGGCUGACGUUAUUGAAUUGAAAGGUCGCGUGGCUUGCGAAUUGUCUAGCGGCGAUGAGCUGUUGCUAACCGAAAUGAUAUUCAACGGACUGUUCAAUGCACUCGAUGUGACUCAAACAGCUGCGCUACUCAGCUGCUUCGUCUGCGAUGAAAAAUCCAACGAGAUGCCCAAACUUUCCGAAGCAUUAUCAGGUCCUCUGAAGCAGAUGCAGGAUCUAGCCCGAAGGAUCGCCAAGGUGUCAGUUGAGGCUAAACUGGAACUGGAGGAAGACGAGUAUGUAGAGAAAUUCAAGCCUUACAUGAUGGAUUUGGUCGCUGCCUGGUGUCGCGGGUCUUCAUUCGGUGACAUUUGCAAAAUGACUGAUCUCUUCGAAGGAAGCAUCAUUCGUUGUAUGAGGCGGUUAGAAGAAUUACUUCGUCAAAUGGUGCAAGCAUCUAAAAGUAUAGGAAAUACCGAGUUGGAGAACAAGUUCAGCGAAGGUAUCAAGCUCAUCAAACGCGACAUCAUCUUCGCUGCCAGUCUAUAUCUUUGAAUUGUUAACCUUGUUUCUCUUUUUCUUUCUUCCUUUUAAUGAGCAUACAAAGAUUUGACACGUAA